CAUUUGAAAUUUUUUGUCAAGUUGACAUUCCAAAUUCCCGUCAAAAUCACAAAUAAUAUUUAAACUGCCUCUAAUUAUUUUAAUUGUUUAAAAGGCUUAAAAUUCAAGCGAAAUCCCCACAAUCUCGAAUAUUCCGCGCAUUUAACCAUAGAAUUUAUUGAUCUAUCGAAGAUCAAAGCAUCCGCAAAUCAACAAAAGUUAUAUUUUUCAAGACUUAAACACCGAUUUUUUCUUUUCCUUUAAGUAUAUUUUCAGAAUGUCUUUAUUAGACAAUGAGAAAUUGGAAUGUGAAAACUUCCUAGAAAAUGCAAAAAGUGACUAUAGCAUUGAAGAUGUCUCAAACAAACCUGCAUCGGAAAGCACUAAGCUUAUACUAGAUGAAAUUGCCUCAGAAAAACCAGUGGAAGCGUAUCAAGAUGACACUGACAAUUCAAAAGAUGAAGCUCUUGAUGACCCUUUGUCAGAAGAGACGGAGAGUUCUAGGGACAUAAAUAGUAUGGAAAAGGACCCGAUAAAGGAGGAGGAGGUGACGGAGAAUGACAAUCAGACACCUCAUGGGGGUGAUGGGGACCAAGCAGAUGAAAAAGAAGGCUGGCAGGAUGUAUUAGGUUCUGGAGUAAUCCUAAAAAAAAUACUCAGAGCAGGAGGAGCCGAAUUGAGGCCUAGUCGAUCUGAUAAGUGUAUAAUCAAUUAUACUAGUCGUCUGGAGGAUGCCGAUGAAGAAGACCUUGCCGAGAAAUUUGAAAAUUUGGAACUUAACUUAGGAGAAGGCGACGUUGUGCAAGGUCUAGAUGUGGCUAUAGGUCUAAUGAACAAAACGGAGAGAUGUCUCUUAAAAAUUGGGUCUAGAUUGGCUUAUGGAGAAAAGGGCUUGCCUCCACAUAUCCCGCCAAAUGCCACUGUAGUGUUUGAUGUAGAAUUAGUUGAUAUAAUGCCUGAAGAAGAUUGCGAAUCACUGACCUUAUUAGAGAGACAAAAAUUGGGAAACAAGAAAAGAGAAAGAGGAAACUGGUGGUACCAAAGAGGCGACAAUAGUUUGGCUAUUCAAUGUUACAGGAGGGCACUAAAUUAUCUAGACGAGGUUGAAAGUGAAGGAACGGAAGUAGAAAAACCUACAGACCAGGAGCUACAAAAGCUGCUAGAGGACAGACUGAAAGUUUUAAAUAACAUGGCUUCGGCACAGAUUAAAAUGGAACUGUACGAUCAGGCGCUGGUGUCUUUGCAGACCGUGUUGAGGUGUCAGCCUGAAAACGUAAAGGCCUUAUUUAGGAAAGCCAAAGUUCAUGUGGCAAAAAAUGAUCUUCCACAAGCAUUAAAACUGUUAGAAAAAGCGAAAUCUCUUGAACCGGAGGACCCCUUGAUCACUAAAGAAAUUAAUCAAGUCAGUGCCACCAUUAACAAACAGAAAAACUCUGAGCGGGAAUAUGCGAGAAGAAUGUUUGGAACGAGCCCGGGAGCUUCGGAGGGCAAAAAUAAUGCGGAUAAGGGCGCUGGAAAAUCUAAAGGCAAAAAGGUUCAACUUUGGGUCACCUUGGGAGCCACCGCUAUUAUCGGCCUGGCAGGAGUAGUAGCCUACAAGUUCAAAUAUCCUUAGACACGGAUCAUCCUAAAGAAGACUUAUUUUACUUUACUUAGUCCUACAGUUAUUUUGUUUUGUGUGGUACUGGUCACUAUUAUUAUUUUCUUGUGUGUUUGAGGCUAAAAAAGAAGAGUUCUCGUUAGUACUCAUGUACAGUGUUGACAGAUUGAUUGUUAUUAGAUAAUGUUGAUAAAUUUUUAACUCUUUCUUUUUUGGCCUGAGACUUUUUUUGUGUGAAUUAUUGGAUUAAAAUGAUAAUUUUCUGUA